GUAGGUAGAAGACGGUACCAUGGUAACGGAGUUCACCUUCGGAGCGGACGUCAACGAUCAGCAGAUGGGCUGUCUGUGGACACCCACUGAGCUGAUCACUCUGUCACUCAGUGGUUCAAUCAACUACCUAGACCGCGAGAACCCCUCUGCGCCUAAAAAGAUCAUUUCGGGCCACAACAAGAAUAUCUCUGCCCUGGCGGUCAGCCAGGAUGGGUCUAAGGU